AUGAGAUGGAGUAACGCCGCUAGCCACCACCAGAGGGCCGAAGAACAUCGCAAGGAUGGUAGCGGUGGCGAAAAGGAUGAUGAUGAUGAUGGGGCGAAAUAUGGGACUUCGCCGGAUCAGAGUGAAGUGCCGCAACUCGCCAAGGAGAAGGACUUCACGGAGGACACGGAAAGACCGUGCAAGACACCCCAGGACAUCCAGGACCCCGUAGUUUUAGCUACAAAAGCCGGAAUCCGCGACUCGGAUCUUCCGGAACAACCCGUGGCUCGCAAGUGGUAUCCCCAACCCGUCCACCGUGCACAAUCGGUGUCGACCAGCGACCAGCCGCUCAAAGCUGAGUCGUGUGAGUCCUCCAUCCGGGAACCACGAGCCACACCCGAAGACCUGCCUUACAUCAACCAACCCUGCGCCGGAAACCGGGCAAGACCAGCGGUACCUUCUGGGACAGCUGAAGCUCGAGUCCGUCAACACACUCGAGGACGCGCAGAGGGCAGGCAAACGAGGGUCCAGCGAAGGCUGCAGCAGCAUCAACCCGUGCGUCGGAACGUCGACGGCCACGACAAGCCACCCCAGGCCAGCGAGCAGCGCGAGCAGGCCGAGGUCGGAGACAGCGAUCGCGUCAGCAGAUCCAGCAGCAGCGGCAGCAGUAGCUGA